AUGUUAUUUUGCGAUGACUAUGAAACAGGUAAUGCACUUGGUAGCCACUCAGGAUGCAACAAGUUGUGUGGAUGUUACAUAACAUUGCCUUGUUUUCCACCACAUUAUCAGUCUUCAUUAGAAACGAUCUUCUACGCGCUUCUUUUUUACUCCAAAGACAGAGAGAAGUUUGGAAAUGCUGCUGUUUUUAGACUUCUUAUCGAUGAAUUGAAUGACUUGGAAAUAAAUGGAUUGGAGCUUGAUUUACCUCACGGAAAAACCCAAAUUUAUUUCAAAUUGGGCUUAAUUGUGGGUGACAAUUUGGGCCUUCACUCAAUACUCGGUUUCGUUGAAAGCUUCAAUGCUCAUUAUGCGUGUAGAUUUUGUACAAUGGACAAGGACCAACGAUCAAUGGCUUCUCUUGAAGACCCUGUCUACAUGAGGACUAAAAUUUCAUACGCUAAAGAUAUACUUCUAAAUGACGUUUCUGCAACUGGUAUCAAAGAAGAAAGUGCUUUUCACCGUUUGAACGAUUUUCAUGUCACUGAAAACUAUUCAACUGACAUAAUGCACGAUGUCUUUGAAGGCAUUUGUGUGUUUGAUAUGGCAGCUAUGAUAAAAUAUUAUAUAUCAGAAAAAAAAUAUUUUACAUUGCAGCAAUUAAAUCAGUUGAUGAAUAAUCAUAGUUGGGGCGAAACAGAGUCAAGUAUACCUUUGCCAAUAAAUGAAAAUGACUACAAAAAUGAGCAUCUACGAAUGUCAGCUGCUGAAAUGCUUACAUUUGUUCGACAUUUUGGUCUAUUAGUAGGGGAUUUGGUGCCUGAGGAUGAUCCAGUUUGGAAGAUUUACUCUCUCCUUCGACAAAUCAUUGAUAUAAUUACUUCUCCAUCAGUACAGGUUGAAUGUUACUUGAUGUUACGAGUUCUAUUGAAAGAACAUUCUUUCUUAGUUCGUCAUGUACUCAAAAGGUCACUCAAACCGAAAGACCAUAUUUCUACUCAUUUGCCAACAAUUUUGAGAGAAUGUGGACCUCCAAUUAAUUUUUGGUGCAUGCGGUUUGAAGGAAAACAUAGAGAAUCGACAGUGCCAGCUUCUGUGAGUAACUGUAAAAAAAUGUUGCUCAAACAAUUGUUACUAAACAUCAAUUGA